CGAGGCAUAUUAACACCAAUACAUGCUCUUACGUUUGCGGCAGUUAGUGGAUCAUUGGGAUUAGUAACUUUAUAUUAUGGCGUAAAUCCUGUAACUGCUGCUUUGGGUGCUGCAAAUCUGUUUUUAUACACAUCCAUUUAUACACCAAUGAAACGUCUAAGUAUUUUAAAUACAUGGAUUGGUUCAGUAGUUGGUGCGAUUCCACCGUUAAUGGGAUGGGCAGGUUGUACAGGUGGUGUGAUAGACUCUGGCGGUUUAUUACUCGCUGGUCUACUUUAUGCAUGGCAGUUUCCACAUUUUAAUGCACUUUCUUGGAACCUUAGACCAGAUUACUCAAGAGCCGGUUACAGAAUGAUGUCUGUUACUAAUCCAGGUUUAUGUAGAAGAACAGCAUUACGCUACACUAUUGGAGUUUUUGGUCUAUGUUGUGCAGCACCAUUUUGUGAAUUGACUAAUAUUUAUUUUUCAAUCGCUGUUUCUCCAUUAAAUGCUUAUUUUGUGUACUUAGCUUGGAAAUUUCAUCAAAAUUCUGACAGUAAGACUUCACGUAAUUUAUUUAGAUUUUCACUUAUACAUUUACCAGCCUUGAUGAUAUUAUUACUUGUCAAUAAACAUGGUUUGUGGUCUGGAAACAGCAAACCAAAAGAAAAUAGUGAAGUAAUCACAGUUAACAAGGAUGAAAAAAUUAUUAGUUCAAUUUUCAAAAAAGCGGAACCAUUAUAAUUUAUACAUUGUUCAAAUGUACUUUAGUUUCUUCAUUGUUACUAAUUAUUUAAUUUCAGUUUUGAUGUUAAAUAAACAGAAUAAAGCAAUUUUGUUGAAU